AUGCACACCCUCCAUCCCAUCACCCUCCUCACAACCCUCCUCCUCCUCGCGUCCAUCCCAACCACAAAAGCCCGCCAUAUCGGCCCCAUAACCACCCCCAACCUCGCCUGGCACCCCUCAACAAACACAACCGCCAAACGCACCACCCCCCCAACAUACUGCUCCUCCCUACCCGAACCCGUCCGCUCCGAAUGCAUUAUCUCAUAUACCUGGUACACGCACCGCCUGCGCACCAUCUACACCAUCUGGUUCGACGCGCAGCCGGACUACGAAGUAGAUGAUCUGGCGCGACCUGCUGCUGCGGAGGAGACACGCGCUUGGUAUGCGCUGGGUGGGAGGAAGGAGGAGCGAGAAGGGUAUGAGAAGCCGGAGGAGUGGGUGGUGUAUGAGGCGUGGAUGGCGGCGACGGGGGGGUAUGGGUUUUUGAGUGGGGAGAGGGCGGCGGAGAGGCAGGUGCGGUGGGAGGAGCGGGAGAGGGGUAAGGCGGAGGGGAGGUUCUUGGAUGAGUUGUGGAUGUUGAGGAGGUGGGGGAGGCGCGGAACGAUUAUUGCUUGA